GGCGGAAGUGACGCCGUCCGCGGUUACACGGUUGGUUGGCGACAGAGAAACGGCGACAGAGUCGAUCCAGAUGUAAAUAUAUUUGGUGGAAAACAGAAGCAGGGUUAGUUUAUCGAGCUCCUGGAGGCUGCAGACGAGUUAGAGUCCGGCAUCGAGGUCGGAUUAGAGAAAUGUGGAAGUAAAGUCUCUGUUUUUAUCCUUUUAUUGUCGCUGCUGAGCCCGGAGGAGGAAGACAGGCUGAAGAAGCUGCAGCAGAAAAGAGAGAGAGAGAGAAAGAGAGACAACAACAGAGAGACAGAGGAGCUCCGGGACCGUCAGAGGGUUUUUAUCAGUGGUUUUAGGGGUCGGCUCGGGUCUUUAUUCCUCCUCCGUCAUGCUGAACAGGGUGAAGAUGAGUCUCCUGCUGUGCUUUCUGCUCUCCUGCUGUCUCCUCUGCGCGGUCCGGACCCACAGACCGGUCAUCAUAGUGCACGGACUGUUCGACAGCUCAGCGGACUUUACCAACCUCAACCGCUUCAUCAACGAGUCUCAUCCAGGUACGAACGUGUCCGUUAUAGAUCUGUUUGACCGCUCUGCCAGUCUGCAGCCGUUAUGGAAGCAGGUGGAAGGCUUCAAGGAGGCCAUCUAUCCCAUCAUGCAAAACGCAGCCGACGGGGUUCACCUCAUCUGCUACUCGCAAGGAGGGUUGGUGUGUAGAGGAAUCUUAUCUACACUUCCAGACCACAACGUUCACUCCUUCAUCUCUCUCUCCUCACCUCAGGCUGGACAAUAUGGAGACACGGACUACCUGAAGUACCUCUUCCCUCAGUUCGUCAAGGCCAACCUGUACCACAUCUGCUACACGUCCAUGGGCCAGAUGAUAUCCAUCUGCAACUACUGGAAUGAUCCUCACCACAGAGACAUGUACGUCAACAGCAGCGAUUAUCUGGCUUUGCUCAACAACGAGAGGCCGAAUCCCAACUCCACCGAGUGGAAACAGAACCUCCUCCGUAUCAAAAAGCUUGUCCUGAUUGGUGGACCAGAUGAUGGGGUCAUCACUCCGUGGCAGUCGAGUCAGUUUGGCUUCUAUGAUGAUAACGAGACGGUCGUGGAGAUGAAGAAUCAGGAUGUGUUCCUGAGGGACUCGUUCGGUCUGAAGACUCUGUACUCCAGAGGAGAUCUGGAGAUGUGCUCGGUUCCUGGUGUGCAGCACAUCUACUGGCACUCCAACGAAACGGUGUACAAGACCUGCAUCGAGAAGUGGCUGACAUAAUCGCCCUCCCACACAGAGAGAGAGAGAGAGACUAUUUUUACAGACAGGAUUAGUACUGCUCACUUUUCUAUCAUUUCAUACGAGACGGUCAGAUGACGAUGACAUCGUUUAGCACGCUUUGUUACAGUGCAGUGCUGCUAGUUCACAGCAGAACCAAGUGCAUUUUUACUCCUGUGUGAGUAUCUCACGCAAACCUUUUACGUUUUAUCACUCCAGCGUGUUCAUUUUUACCGAUUUUGAGAUAUGUAGAUGUAUAUAUGAGAGUGUAUGUAUGUACGCACAUACAUUCACAAGCACAUCAUAGCUGCGCAAUGCACAUCAGUGCCUGAGGGAUGAUUCUGUCCACCUGUAAACCCAAAAAGGUUUUAAACCACUGGUUUUAAAUCUUUUUCCCUGUUUUAUUUACUUUUAGAGGAGAAAUGAGAAGAUUUUUUUCAGCUCAAACUUGAACGGUUGUGGAAAAAACUGUAUACUAUUAAGAGGUACCAGGUGUGGGUCAUUACAUGAGAUCAUGCAGGUUAGUUUCUAGAUCCAAAAUGAUGACAAAUCCAUGUGCAUGUGCCACGUAAUAUGACAGAAUCUCUGCUUAUUUCUCCUUUAUAAGUCCAGAGAAUUGUGGUUAUUGUAGUCUUGGCAUUACAGUAACAGCCAGUUGCAGUAAGAAUAAUUGCCUUACAUUUUAUUACAUUUUACAUUUUAUUACAUUUUGCAUGUUUUAGUCUUUAAAGGAGAGAUUUCUGCAUGAUUCAGUGGUUGAGGUGUAAACAGAGUCAUUCA